AUGGCGGCGCCCUGCCUUUCCUUGCUGGCUCUUUCGUUGUCGUCGGUCGCUCUCGCGCAGUCCGUUCAACAUAAUGCCGCCCAGCGACCCGCUGCAGGCGUUUCACGCAUAAUCAGUCCUUCGUUUGCUGGACUCGGACUCGAGCCCUCGAAUCUCUUCUCCUUCACCGGUGAAGAGCAGGAAAAUGAGCUCACCAAGAACUUGUUGCAAAACUUGGUCGACUAUACUGGCGUUCCGCCUCACAUCCGCCUCGGCGGAAAUACACAAGAUUAUUUCAAGUGGGAUGAGAACAUGAACGAUUGGGCCUGGCGGAAUAACCCAAAUGCCGUUGGCCAGGGUGCGUUCCCAAGCGACCAUAUGAUCAUUGGCCCCAGAUAUUUCGAGGCAUUGGACCGUUUCCCUGAAGGAACUCCACUCACAUUCGGCCUCAAUCUGGCGUACGAGGAGGAAGAUUACAUCGACCAGAUCGUCACCAUGGCUACACAAGCCCUCGACAGACUGGAAAAUCUCAACGUGGUCUCAUUCGAAAUUGGCAACGAGCCCGACUUGUACCUCCAGAAUGGCUUCCGCACCGGCUCUUGGGGCGGAGAUGUAUACACGCAGCAGUGGCUCGACCGUGCCCAAGCUGUCUACGAUCAGGUCCUCAAGCCACGUCAACUUGGUACCAACUUCUUUGAGCCUGGAGCGACUGCGUCCACUAUUGGCACUUCCUUCCAAAUCGACAAUUUGGUCUCGUUCGACAUUGACCGAAAUGCUAAUGGCACCGACACACCCUUGAUUGCACAGUGGAACCAACACGACUAUUACCACUACAUCGGCGUGUCGACCUACACUCUGACCCAGGACCGUUUCAUGGACUUGUCUACUACACGAAACCAAUUCCUUGCGUGGGAAGAGGAGAUCCAACAGGCUGACGAGACUCCGUUUGCCUACGCUCUUCGUGAAAUGGGUAUCGUUGGGCCCAUUGGAUUGGCCGACAUCACCGAUGUCUUUGGCGCCGCGCUCUGGAACUUGAAUUUCUUCCUCUACACUGCCGCACUCAACAUCACCAUGGUUGGCAUGCACAUGACUGACAACAGCAAUGCCAGUGCUUGGCAGCCUAUCGAGUUCUACGGCAACGCACCCCAUGUCCGGCCCAACUACUACUCCUUCGCCGCAUUUGACCAGAUCAUUGGUCCUACCUGUCAGGCGCGUGUAGGUGGAGGCGUGUUGGACCAGCCCGGGGAUUACCAGGGUCGCUUGGCCAUCUACGAUGUCUACCAGAACGAUGAGCUUGCAUCGGUAGUUCUGAUCAACUCGAGACCAGCCAACGUCUCCGAGGCCAACAAGGGCAGCAUGACCUUCGACCUGUCUUUCGACAGUUCUUUGGGUGGCCAAGAAGUCCAUCUAGCUUUCCUCACCAACGAUGGUGCCGAUGCCAAGAACGGAACCACCUGGAACGGUAUCAGCUACGAGGAGAGCGGUGACGGCACGCCGCAGACCGUUGAUGACACAGAACACACCAUGACGAUUGAGAAUGAUGGCUCGCUCAGUGUUGCCGUCCGCGACACAGAGGCGGUCGUGGUUAACUUCGGUGGUGCGGUUGGCCGGAGAGCCUACAACGCUGAAGCCUGCGGAGAUCUCUCGACAUCUCGUCCCGAGGCCCUGAAUCCAGGUACCAAGACUGGCCAGGGAGCGGCCGCAUCGGCUAGCGAAUCGAGUGCGGCCUCGUCCAAUAACAAUAGCGCCAAAGAGAACGGUGUUCUACGCGUUUCAACGAUGGUUUUGGCCACAUUUGCAUCAGCGCUAUUCAGCGGGUUUUGUAUCUUGUUUGCAUAA